UGAUGCGGGACCUCAGUCUAGUCAUGAGGAAACAUCAGGCAGAGCCAGAUUGAGGACCAUUCUACAAAAUAACCGACCAGCACUCUUCAAAAAUGUCAAGGUCGUGGAGGACAAGAAAAGACUGAGGAACUGCCACCAAUCGGAGGAGGACAGAUGCUCAUUCUGUGAGGCUAAAUUUAAGAGGGAUGAAAGUGUCAUGUGGCUGGAAGGGACCUUGCAAAGUCAGUCAGUGCAAGAACAACGACAUCUGCAGCAAUACUGAUGCUGUCUGUCUGUGCAGAGUUUUGGAAUUAUCCUCAGAGGCAGCGCGCCCGGCAUGACUUUGAGACUGUGAGUCAGGAGAGAAAGCCUUCACUGAUUUGCUCUGAAUCCAAUUAUUUGGUCCAAACUGGAAGAUGAAUCACGUGUAAGAGAGUCCAGAGAAGGAGAGUCCCAUGUACAACUCAAGAGGAGAACUGUGAGACGAUACAUUUCUGCUGUUUCCUAGUCUAUGAUUCUUCGUGACGGCAACCCUUGCAAACUCACACAGAAGAUGCAGGACCAGCGUAUACAAAUGGCUGACUGUCCUGAUGUGCCCGUGUGUGGUGUCCAGACAGAAGGCUCAGGCAGGAAAGUCCUCGGCGACAGUGGCUUUCUUCAUCUGUGUACUGACAGCCUGGGAGCGGGUGGCAGCGGCCACGCGGCGGAAAGAAAGAGCAGCUGAGCAUCCAUCCGGUGAGGUCCGAUGCCCUCGAAGGCGGUGGAUUUCUGCUGUGCCCCCUUGUGUACAGCUACACACCCCUUGGCGCCGGCUCCCUUCCCGCGUAGGUGACCCCUCUCCGUUCAGCCGCUCGGUGGCUGCGGGCCUCCGCCCAGCAGAGGGCAGCGUUGAGACACCAACGGCGCCGGCGCCCGGGGGCCACGCCAGGAAGCCGAGCGUCAGGACCCACGCUCGCUGCAGGCGCCAAGCUUUCAAGCAAUUCACCGGGAGCCCUUCCAGCCGCGUGACGGUGCCCCGAAAAGGAGCUGGUGACAGGAAUGAAAUAUUCAACAAAUCUGUUCCGCAGAAUGAAAAUGAGUUGUCGUUUAGCAUUUUAUCAUCUGGUGACACACUCUUCCCGCUUAAGGAAUCCAGCGUUGUGUGGACUUAUCAGCUUAAACCAUGUGGAUUUAGACCUCCGGCUGCUAAGGCGCACUGAUGGCCGCAGGAGAGGAGAAGAGUAAGCAAUGGCCUCGCUUUUGCUUCUCUUUGGGAUGGCCGCCACCACAUAGGACCUGGAUGUCCUACUGCUUUCCAGGAACAGAAAGAAGACCCUCUAUUUGUCUGUUUCAGUGGCAGCUUGGUAGUAAAAAAAAACUGUUGAAUGGGCCACAAUUUCAGCAGACCAUCACGUGAAUGGGACCAGUCUCUUUUCUUCCCGAAUAUCAGAAAUUAAGCGCUUGGAAAGGAGAUUUGGCCAAGAUGACCCAUUUACAGGCUGGACUCAGCCCAGAGACUAUAGAGAAAGCUCGCCUAGAACUGAAUGAAAACCCAGACGUUUUACACCAGGAUAUUCAGCAAGUCAGGGACAUGAUCAUCACCAGGCCUGACAUUGGAUUUUUACGCACAGAUGAUGCCUUCAUCCUGAGAUUCCUCCGAGCCAGGAAGUUUCACCAAGCAGAUGCCUUUAGACUCCUGGCCCAGUACUUCCAGUACCGCCAGCUAAACCUGGACAUGUUCAAAAACUUCAAGGCUGAUGAUCCUGGCAUUAAGAGGGCCCUCAUCGAUGGCUUCCCUGGAGUGCUGGAAAACCGCGAUCACUAUGGCAGGAAGAUUCUUCUGCUGUUUGCAGCCAAUUGGGAUCAGAGUAGGAACUCCUUCACAGACAUCCUCCGGGCCAUCCUGCUGUCAUUGGAAGUCCUUAUUGAAGAUCCGGAGCUCCAGAUAAAUGGUUUCAUUUUAAUUAUAGACUGGAGUAAUUUUUCCUUCAAACAAGCCUCCAAACUGACACCAUCAAUCCUCAAACUGGCCAUUGAAGGGUUGCAGGACAGCUUUCCUGCCCGCUUCGGAGGAGUCCAUUUUGUCAACCAGCCCUGGUACAUUCAUGCCCUGUAUACGCUCAUCAAGCCAUUCCUUAAAGACAAGACCAGGAAACGGAUUUUCCUGCAUGGAAACAACUUAAACAGCCUCCACCAGCUAAUACACCCUGAAUUUUUGCCGUCUGAAUUUGGAGGAACCCUUCCUCCUUAUGACAUGGGAACCUGGGCCCGGACGUUACUCGGCCCUGACUACAGCGAUGAAAAUGACUACACUCACACCUCCUAUAACGCAAUGCACGUGAAGCACACAUCCUCCAAUCUGGAGAGAGAGUGCUCACCCAAGCCCAUGAAAAGAUCUCAGUCUGUGGUAGAAGCUGGGACCCUGAAACAUGAGGACAAGGGAGAGAAUGAGAACACUCAGCCACUCCUGGCUCUGGACUGAACCCUGAGCCACCCUGUGCUCCGGACAUCGCCAGCCCUCAGUGGUAGCAGCCACCAGGAAGCACAUGUGCAACUGACCCCACAAUGCGUGCGUUCGGCUCGACACAAGGGCCUCCUCUCCUGCCACCCAGUAAUGACUCUCACCAGCCAUUGGUCUAAGCAGCCAAAGUUGAACAAAGACUUGAGAGAUGCUUUUUUUUUUCAAUGAGGGAAUUAGAGGAUGAAGCAAGGCAGUUAUGGAAACAAGAUUCCCCCCAUCCCAUAUUUAUAGUAUUAAGUGAAUUGAAAAGAGAAAAACUAAAUCUGACGCACACACUUCAUUAGGAUAAGGAUCUUUCUGAGGCUUUGCAGAGACUCUGUCCAGUUUUUGCAAUUUAAGAUUAAGUGCAUUUCCAAGUAGAUACAUAAGAAUUAAACUGUGCAGACACAACUGUCAAGUUUAAUGUAGUGCAAAGCCCCAGGACAAUAGUAUCUCCAGUGAUUUCCAUUCCUAUAUUGAAAUACUUUCUUUGACCUCAUCACCAGCAUCAAAUUUCAAAUUGUUCAGCCUAAGGGCACGUUCUCGUAGGUCUGGCUGUUUGCAGAGCUUGUUGUUGUUUUUUUUUUUGAUAUCCUGCAAAAAUGAUUUUGAUAUCACAUCUUUGAUCAGGCCACCAGCUGAUUAUCAUGAGCUAAUUUUAAACAAAGACACAAACGGAAAGAUCUCUAUUUCAUCUUAGCAAUGUGACUUCCCACAGGGGAUGUGUGUCUCUAGAGGGUGGGGGGGGUCUCAUUGAAAAUACAUGUCACUGAUUAAUGAAUCCAUUCAAGUUGCCUCACUUGGGUCACUACAGAAAAGAAAAGUGCUACAAAAGUAUCACACCGCUCCCCACGUCCCCUCACCUCCCCUUGCAACCAGUUAAAGGUGUGCAGAAAGGGCCUGGCUGUUGCUGAGAGGGUAGGUAUCAAUCAUGGAGGAAGACCCUUAAGGAUGGUGAAAUAUGAAAGAACUGAAAAUAAGAGAAGACCAGGAAUGCAGGAUGAAAUGCCAAAGAUCACUUUAUUUCUUUGUUUAUUAUCCUUAGAAAUGGAGUCCCCAGCUAUCCAUUCAAAGGAAAUCAGAUAAAAAAUAAGCAGAUUAUCAUAAGAUAUGAUAUCCUUACUUGUGCCAUGUUUCCCGAAACCAGGUGUAUGUUCUUAGCUAUCUCUUAUUCUCCCAGCCAUCUGCAUGACAUGGGCCUUCAUUAGUAUGACCAGUUGGUGCUCAAUGUCAAACAAAAAAUAUUUUAGUUGAUAAUGAGCAGUAAAAUAUGAUUUUACACGUUAAGUACUUGGGAGGGUUAAUUUGUUGGCUAAAAAAUUCAAAGGAAAGAGGUGAUUCAACUGGCCAUAAUCACCCUCAAUAGAUACUAAUCUUAAUCAUGUAUUACGUCUCUUUCUUAAUGGAUCUAGUGUUAUAAUUUUUUUCUACUGGUAGAAAAUAAUAACAGAAGUGAUUUUUGUAUUCCACCCUUGAAAUAAAAUUGAAAGAGAAUUUAAAAUAUUUCUUAACCAAUUGCAUCACAGUAUAAAUAAAACCAAUUCAUUUUGUGUAGACAUUUCAAAUAACAAAAAAAUAACACUGAAAUAAUUCUACCAAUGCAAUGACUGAAACACUUUUCUUAUAUACCACAACAUAGGGAAGAAAGAUGAAGAAUUAAAGCGAAUUGGAAAACCCAUUUUAUUACUUGAGUUUAUAAAAUAGUUGUGGGAUCCAGUAUUUCAAAUGCUACUGGAGUCUAUUAUUGCCAACAUUCUGCAGCAGUAAUAGCUCUGGCUUUCCAAUCGGCAAUAUUUAGAAUCCUCCUGUAGUGACCCGAUUUUAAAUACCAUACUAUAAUUACUAAGUUAAGAGCUAGUUUUGACUCUAUUCCAUGAUUUCAUUAAAUGAAUCAAAGAUGAUGGUUCAACAGUGACAACUUACACUUUGAAUUUCUUUAUGUGUAUGCAAUAUACAUACAAGAACCAAAUUCAGUAAGUGACAUGAAUGUUACCACAUGAACACUAGAUUGUAUUGUUCUUUGUCAGUCAUUUCUUCUGUUCAAUAAAUACUGAAGGACACAAAUGCUUUUUUAUUUUUCAAGAGUUUGCUUUUUCUUCUGGAUUUCGGUAAUUAAUUUGGACAUUUUUCCUCACAUGCUUCUUCAUCUAUUUUAGUGAGAUUUUUCAACAUUGGCAAAACAGAAGGAAAGAGGACAAAUAUUUUACAAACUCUGACUGGAAGCUGAAGUCCUUAAAGACAAGCAAAGGGGGUUCAUUUC